AUGUUUUGUUUGUCACAUUUAUGGUUCAACAUGAUUGUGUCGGGGAUCUUGAUUGGGCUCGUCCCCUCGUGCACAUUUUCACCUUUAUAUGUGUCUGUGCGCCACCUUAGCUCUUUUGGCCACUCUAGUCUACUGCCGCUUCUCGCCCUCGCCCUCGCGCACCAGCCUUAG